UUGACUUCCGGCGGCAUCUUGAGGCGAUCCUACUGCUUAGCGGCCUGGUAGUGUUUUCGUUGCCUUUUAUUAUCCCCCAGUCUUUCUUCGCCCUUUUUCUUCCUACCUUCCAGUCUCGCUUGACCCUGGCGAAGCGGCGGGCGGGUCCCGCUUCUCAGCCGCCCCGGGGUCCCCUCGCUAGCCGAGGGCCGGUUCCCGGGAGCCGCGCGCGCACCUCCUUCUCCUAGUCGUCGUCUUCCCGGGGCAGGCGCGGGGACAGAGAGUCGCCUCCCCCGCUCCUCGGAGCGGUGGCGGCGGUGGCGCCUGCGGACUGUGCUUGCGACGGGAGCUCGGGGAGGAGUAGUACAAAAUGUCUAAAAUUAGAAGGAAAGUCACAGUGGAAAAUACCAAGACCAUAUCUGAUAGCACAUCCCGAAGACCCAGUGUGUUUGAGAGGCUUGGACCCAGCACUGGCAGUACAGCAGAGACACAGUGCCGUAACUGGCUGAAGACUGGCAACUGCCUCUAUGGGAACACGUGUAGAUUCGUACAUGGCCCUUCACCCCGUGGUAAAGGUUAUAGCAGCAAUUAUAGAAGGUCACCAGAAAGACCUACAGGAGAUCUUAGAGAAAGAAUGAAGAACAAGCGCCAAGAUGUGGACACUGAGUCCCAGAAACGAAAUACGGAGGAUUCAUCCUCACCUGUUAGGAAAGACUCUUCAAGAGGGAGACAUAGGGAAAAGGAAGACAUAAAAAUCACUAAGGAGAGAACUCCAGAAAGUGAAGAAGAAAAUGUAGAAUGGGAAACUAAUAGAGAUGAUUCUGACAAUGGAGAUAUUAAUUAUGAUUAUGUUCAUGAGUUGUCAUUGGAAAUGAAGCGUCAGAAAAUACAGCGAGAAUUAAUGAAGCUGGAACAAGAAAACAUGGAGAAGAGAGAAGAAAUUAUUAUUAAAAAGGAGGUUUCACCAGAAGUGGUUAGAUCAAAAUUAUCUCCAUCACCUUCUCUAAGAAAGUCUAGCAAAUCUCCAAAGCGAAAAUCAAGCCCUAAGUCAUCAUCUUCAGCUGGCAAGAAAGACAGGAAGACAACUGCAGUAUCCUCUCCCUUGUUGGACCAGCAGAGGAAUUCAAAAAGCAACCAAAGUAAGAAGAAAGGACCUCGCACUCCUAGUCCACCCCCUCCUAUGCAGGAAGAUAUUGCUCUGGGGAAAAAAUAUAAAGAAAAGUAUAAAGUAAAAGAUAGGAUAGAAGAAAAACCAAGAGAUGGAAAGGACAGAGGACGAGAUUUUGAAAGACAAAGGGAAAAAAGAGAAAAGCCAAGGUCUACCUCUCCAGCAGGACAGCAUCAUUCUCCUAUAUCUUCUAGACAUCACUCAUCUUCCUCACAAUCAGGAUCAUCUAUUCAAAGACAUUCUCCUUCUCCUCGUCGAAAAAGAACUCCUUCCCCAUCUUAUCAGAGGACAAUAACUCCACCUUUACGACGCUCUGCUUCUCCUUAUGCUUCACAUUCUCUGUCUUCUCCUCAGAGAAAGCAAAGUCCUCCAAGACAUCGCUCUCCAAUGCGAGAGAAAGGGAGGCAUGAUCAUGAACGAACUUCCCAGUCUCAUGAUCGGCGUCAUGAAAGGAGGGAAGAGACUAGAGGCAAAAGGGAUAGAGAAAAGGACACAAGAGAAGAACGAGAGUAUGAACAGGAUCAGAGCUCUUCUAGAGACCACAGAGAUGACAGAGAACCUCGAGAUGGUCGGGAUCGGAGAGAUGCCAGAGAUACUAGAGACCGAAGGGAACUGAGAGACUCCAGAGACAUUCGGGACUCCAGGGAGAUGAGAGAUUAUAGCAGAGAUAACAAAGAGAGCCGUGAUCCCAGAGAUUCUCGGUCUACUCGUGAUGCCCAUGACUACAGGGACCGUGAAAGUCGAGACACUCAUCGAAAGGAGGAUACAUAUCAGGAAGAAUCUCGAAGUUAUGGCAGAAACCAUUUAAGAGAAGAAAGCUCUCGUACUGAAAUAAGGAGUGAUUCCAGAAAUGAGUCUCGAAGUGAAAUUAGGAAUGACCGGAUGGGCAGAAGUAGGGGGAGAGGUCCAGAGUUACCUGAAAAGGGAAGUCGAGGCACAAGAGGUUCUCAAAUUGAUAAUCACAGUAGUAGUAGCAACUAUCAUGACAGCUGGGAAACUCGGAGUAGCUAUCCUGAAAGAGACAGAUAUCCUGAAAGAGACAACAGAGAUCAAGCAAGGGAUUCUUCCUUUGAGAGAAGACAUGGAGAGAGAGAUCGUCGUGACAACAGAGAGAGAGCUCCUAUGUUCUACACCUCCUGCUGCCCCUAUCCUUUGCCACCAGUGUUCUCAGGUCCUGCUGGGGGGACAGAGAAGAUCAGAGAUCAAAGACCAAGCUCACCAAUUCGACAUCAGGGAAGGAAUGACGAGCUUGAGCGUGAUGAAAGAAGAGAGGAACGAAGAGUAGACAGAGUGGAUGAUAGAAGAGAUGAAAGGGCUAGAGAAAGAGAUCGGGAACGAGAACGAGACAGAGAGCGGGAGAGAGAGAGGGAACGUGAGCGAGAUCGGGAAAGAGAGAAAGAAAGAGAACUAGAAAGAGAGCGUGCUAGGGAACGGGAGAGAGAAAGAGAAAGAGAAAAAGAGAGAGACCGUGAAAGAGAGAGAGAUCGUGACCAUGAUCGUGAGAGGGAAAGGGAGAGGGAGCGAGAUAGGGAAAAAGAACGGGAGCGAGAGAGAGAAGAAAGGGAGAGGGAGAGAGAGCGAGAACGGGAGAGGGAGAGAGAGCGAGAGCGGGAACGAGAAAGAGCAAGAGAGAGGGAUAAAGAACGAGAUCGUCAAAGGGAUUGGGAAGACAAAGACAAAGGACGAGAUGACCGCAGAGAAAAGCGAGAAGAUAUUCGAGAAGACAGGAAUCCAAGAGAUGGACAUGAUGAAAGAAAAUCAAAGAAGCGUUAUAGAAAUGAAGGGAGUCCUAGCCCUCGUCAGUCACCUAAGCGCCGGCGAGAACAUUCUCCCGACAGUGACACCUACAACAGUGGAGAUGAUAAAAAUGAAAAGCAUAGACUCUUGAGCCAGGUUGUACGACCUCAAGAAUCUCGUUCUCUCAGUCCGUCACACCUUAUAGAAGACAGGCAGGGUAGAUGGAAAGAGGAAGAUCGUAAACUAGAAAGAAAAGAGAGUUCAAGGCGCUAUGAAGAGCCAGAGCUCAAAGAGAAAGUUUCUUCUGUAGAUAAGCAGAGAGAACAGAUAGAAAUCAUGGAAAGCUCAAGAACUCGUGUGCAAGACAUGAUAGGACACCACCCAUCUGAAGAUCGAGACACAUCUGAUCGAGCUCAUGAUGAAAACAAGAAAAAAGCAAAAAUUCAAAAGAAACCUAUUAAGAAAAAGAAAGAGGAGGAUGUUGGAAUAGAUAGGGGUAACACAGAGACAGCAUCUGAAGAUGGUCAAGUAUUUUCACCAAAAAAAGGACAGAAGAAGAAAAGUGUUGAAAAAAAACGUAAAAGAUCCAAAGGUGAUUCUGAUAUUUCUGAUGAAGAAGCAGCCCAGCAGAGUAAGAAGAAGAGAGGCCCACGGACUCCCCCUAUAACAACCAAAGAGGAGUUGGUUGAAAUUUCCAAUGAUAAGGAUGGCACUAUGGAGGAUCUUCAGAAAAAAGAAGAUACGGCAUUCAGUGACUGGUCUGAUGAGGACGUGCCUGACCGCGCAGAGGUGACAGAACCAGAGCAUUCUGCCACAGCUGCUACUCCUGGAAGGACUCCUUCGCCAUCUUCUCUUCCUCCUCCUCCUCCUCCUAUGGCUGCUGCUUCUACUACGACUGCUUCUGCCACUACUGCUGCCACCCCCUUCAGCACAUCUACUACCACCACCUCUGCCACUCCCACCAAUACAGCUUUUACCAGUGAAGACUCACAUAGAAAAUGCCACAGAACACGAGCAGAAAAAGUAGAAGCGUCUCACAUUAUUAUGGAAGAUGCACCACAUCGCAAGCCAGUGGAUCAAAAGAGGAGUAGCAGCCUCGGGAGCAAUCGGAGUAAUCGUAGUCAUACAUCUGGUCGCCUACGCUCCCCAUCCAAUGAUUCUGCCCAUCGAAGUGGAGAUGACCAAAGUGGUCGCAAGAGAGUACUGCAUAGUGGCUCAAGAGAUAGAGAAAAAACAAAAAGUCUGGAAAUCACAGGAGAGAGAAAAUCUAGGAUUGAUCAGUUAAAGCGUGGAGAACCCAGUCGAAGUACUUCCUCAGAUCGCCAGGAUUCAAGAAGCCAUAGUUCAAGAAGAAGUUCUCCUGAGUCGGAUCGGCAGGUCCACUCAAGAUCUGGGUCGUUUGAUAGCAGAGAUAGACUUCAAGAACGUGAACGAUAUGAGCAUGAUAGAGACCGGGAGAGAGAGAGGAGAGAGAUGAGGCAGAGAGAAUGGGACCGAGAUGCUGAUAAAGAUUGGCCACGGAACAGGGACCGAGACAGGUUACGGGAACGAGAAAGAGAACGAGAUAAAAGGAGAGAUUUGGACAGGGAAAGGGAGAGACUAAUUCCUGAUUCUUCGGAAAGGGACAGGGACAGAGACAGAGACAGAACUUUUGAGAGUUCUUCUCAAGUAGAGUCCAUAAAACGCAGUGAAGCAAAACUGGAGAGUGAACAUGAAAGAGAUCUAGAAGGCACUUCCCGAGACUCUGUAGCUUUGGAUAAAGAAAGAAUGGAUAAAGAUCUAGGAUCUGUGCAGGGAUUUGAAGACAUAAAUAAAGCCGAGAGAACUGAGAGUGUGGAAGCAGGAGAUGACGAAUCCAAGUUAGACGAUGCACAUUCGUUAGGAUCUGGUGCUGGAGAAGGAUAUGAGCCGAUCAGUGAUGAUGAACUAGAUGAAAUUCUGGCAGGUGAUGCUGAGAAGAGGGAGGAUCAACAGGAUGAGGAGAAGAUACCAGAUCCAUUAGAUGUGAUAGAUGUGGAUUGGUCUGGUCUUAUGCCAAAGCAUCCAAAAGAACCACGAGAGCCUGGGGCUGCACUCUUAAAAUUCACACCUGGAGCUGUUAUGCUGAGAGUUGGGAUUUCUAAAAAGUUAGCAGGUUCUGAACUCUUUACCAAAGUCAAAGAAACAUGUCAGAGACUUUUAGAAAAACCCAAAGAUGCAGACAGUCUUUUUGAACAUGAAUUGGGGGCUCUCAACAUGGCUGCAUUACUACGAAAAGAAGAAAGAGCAAGUCUUCUUAGUAAUCUUGGACCGUGUUGUAAAGCGUUAUGCUUCAGACGGGAUUCUGCAAUUCGAAAGCAGCUUGUUAAAAAUGAAAAGGGCACUAUAAAGCAAGCUUACACCAAUGCUCCAGUGGUAGACAAUGAAUUAUUACGAUUGAGUCUUCGAUUGUUUAAGCGGAAGACUACUUGCCAUGCCCCAGGACUUGACAAGACUGAAGAUCAUAAACUCCCACAGUCCAGUAUCCAGCAGGAACUGUGUGUGUCUUAAGACUGAAGUUCGGUGACAUUUUUGGUACUCUCUUCCUUCAACAGUACAUGUUCUUUUUCAAAGUUCUUUGUUUUGACAAGCGUUAUUAGUGACAGAGGCAGAAAAGAUUUAUCAGCCAUGCUAAAGAGUGAAGAAGAACUCUGAUUUAAAGUUUAAAGAUACCAGUUUUGACUAACUUAAGAUUUUACAUAAAUUUUUGCACAGUACUUGAUACUCAUGCAAAAUAAUGUGAAAGCAUCUAGAUUUAGUAGUUCAUUCUGUACCUUUUGUUAAAACUGAAGAUUUUGGAAAGUGGUUGUCACUGCUCUUGCAGCCUACAAAUAUUUUUUAUGAAACGGAGCCACUGACUUAUGUUCUGGAUUAUCCCUACAGAAACUGUGAUUUUAUUCAGAAACAGUAUGUUCACAGAAUGAAUGCACACUGUGCAACAUCGCACUGCACAAAACACUUGAAAGCGGAUGCUUGUUCUGCACGGUGUGUUUGUAGGCAGACCUCCAGUAGGAGGGAGCCAGAACACUUGAGUCUUUUCUAAGGUUCUAAAAAAAUUACCUAAUGGGUCUUUGUUUUUUUAAAUAUAUGUGCAUUGUUACAAUGUAUAGUGGAUAUAUUUGGAUUCUGAAUGGUUUUGUUUGUUAUCAGAGACUAUCUACUAUUUUUAUUUUUAAUAAAUGUACCUUCCCUUUCCUUGUUCUAGA